AUGCUUAUGCUUAAAGUUGGCGUGUUGGCGUUUGCCGCUGUUUGUAGCGCUCAAGUUUUACCCAAAUCAGCUCCGUUUGUUACAAGCAACGAUGGAAUCUUGAAUCUGCCUGUAUCCAGUGACUUGAAGUGCGGUCCAAAAGCAAAAACCAUUUGUCCAGAUGAUUUAUGUUGCUCCGAAUACGGAGUCUGUAACAGAGAAACCGACUCAUGCAAGGGAUCGUUAUGCUGUUCCGACCGCGGCUAUUGUGGAGUGGAUGUUUCGCACUGCGUGGCCCAAUGCGAUCCCUUGUAUGGUGAAUGUGGAAAUGAUCUUAGUCCUGCUAUCAAAGCUUCGCUCACUCUGACGGAUGAUAAUACGUGUGGACGUCGAGUCAACAAAGUGUGUCCACCAGAAUCUUGUUGCUCGCGUGAUGGUGAAUGUGGAACUACAACCGCUCAUUGCAGUGUUGGAUGUCAAGGUCUAUUUGGUAUCUGCAAACUUCCAAUCACGAAGCUUCCAGAAUUCGAUUCGAGUCCCGCCGAAUUCGACUAUUAUCGUAGGGUUCGUAAAACCGGCGGACUAGGUGGUCAUAUUGCUCUGGCGUUUGACGGAGGUACUGAUGUUCACAACGUUCCAAAAAUUCUUGAUGUACUCAAGGAGCUGGGUGCUCGAGCAACAUUUUUUGUCAGUGGAUUCAAAACUAGCAAUUUAUACGACAGCGAAGUACAAGCCAUUGUAAAAAGAAUAUGUGACGAAGGUCAUCAGGUUGGAUCUGGAAGUCUGUCUUAUUCCAAACUUAACGGAAUUUCACCCGAGGAAGUUGCUCUUGAAAUGCUUAAUAAUGAUUGGAUGAUUCAAAAUGUGAUUGGUGCCAGUCCAAUCUACAUGCGACUUCCUUAUAGCCACACUAGUCCGGAAGUGAUUAGGCAACUUAUGGAUAUGGGAUAUAUUGUUGUUGGAAGUAAUCUGAAUAGCGGCGACUUGAGAAUUGGCGAUGUAGAUGAUUCAGGUGAAGCGAUGCUUGCCAGUUUUGAUCAGGGCCGUGGUGACUUUCCCAUGUCUAAUAUAGAGGUCGAAUCGCUCAUCACACUCAAUCAUGAGGAUGUUAAAAAUGGUCAUCUCGGUAUUCGAAAAAUUAUUGAAAAAUAUAGUGGAUUUGGAUUCAAGUUUGUCACCGUUGGUGAGUCUCUGCGUCAACCUGAUCCUCAAAGCUGGUAUCGUAUUCGUGACUUUAACGAAUUCGCCUGA